GAUACGCCGAUACACACUAAGAAGAAUAACACUGGCUGCUCUCUGCAGAGGAAGGGAAUUGUCUGUUCAAAAAGUCGCUCUAGUUGUUAUUGUAAGAUUAAUAAUACCGGUAACACAUUUUUAAAAAUUCGCGCAAGGGAUCUGAUAAGUUGCCAUAUCUAGCGAUAAACUCGCUAAGUUGGCAUCACUGCGGUCAAACUUGCAGUCCGACUGAGGAAGAAGAUGCCAGCAGCAGAAGAAUCAUAUGGCAUCAACAAAAUUGCGGACAACAUCUGUGGGCUUUCUCCAGAUCUUUUAGCUGAAGUAUGUCAGCACAUUCUGACUUAUCUUCAAGGACAUGCUAGAGGAGUAGAUUCAGCUGAAAUUUCUGAUAGAUUUCAGAGAGCUCGAGUCACGCUUGACCAUGAAGCCCUGCAGAACCUUAUCAGAUUUCUUUUGUUAACAUUCAGGUCAGCUGGUAAGGACAACCUCACUGGAGAUGACCUCGUGUCAAGACUGGAAAAGGGCAGUAACAAAUGGUCCAAAGCUGCCCUUCAGGUGUUGCACAGGUUGUGGAGUGAACACGGUGCAUCAGUUCAUGCUCAGCAGGAGAUCCAGGCCUCGCUCAGCAUCGGCCAGUUAGCAGAUGUGCAGUGGAAGCUGGGCAUGGCAGUGAGCUCCGAUACCUGUCGAUCUCUCAACUCACCAUAUGUGUGUCUGCUGCUGAAGAUCAUUGAGCCAUCUGGACAUAUUUGUCAGAAGUCUUUUGAGAUGACCAUUCCACAAUUCCAGAACUUUCACAAGCAAUUCAAGGAAAUGGCAGCUGUUAUGGAGACUGUAUGAUGGCAGCAAGCACAACCAAGUGCCUGUCGCAGCGUCACCCCAGCUGACAUAUAAUCCAUGGAAGAACAGCUCGACACAGAUGUUUGUCUGAUGGCUGUCUCAAAAUGUGGAUAUGAAUUAUUGCAUUAUUGUCAAUUAUAAUCUUUGCAAUCCAGUUUUUUCCACAGAUUGCUGAAGGUCGUGAAUGAUUUACUCUUAGAACCUCCAGCUGCUAGCUUAAGAUGCCUGCUGUCACUUUGAAUUCCAAGAUGUCAGUGUUCUUUCUCCCAUUAACUUAUCCACAUACCAUGAAUUUAAUUGUAGGCCCUUACUAAUAUUCAGACUUGUUCAUUUAUUACAGAAUGUCAAACAUUGAUGUGGUUUAUAUUAACUGCAGUUUUCCUCUGGAUUUGUACUUAUAGUACAUUUCCACAGUGAAAACAACCAUUGCUAAUAUUACAGUUUUUUUUAAAUCAUGGGGAAGAGAUUGGGAUUAGCCCAUUAUACAUACAACACCUUGUAAACUACAUACUUUCAGAUAGUGUUUAAAAUUUCAUCUGCUUAGCAGUGCAGUUGUUAGUCUGAAAAGCUGGUAAAGUUAAAGUGGUCCAUGUGAUAUGAAUGCUUUUGCUCUGUGUUUUCCAUGGUAUUGCUGAAAUGCUUGCUGUGUUUCUGAGUUGCCUUUUUUUUGGGAUCCAUCCUCACUUAGAUGUGAUGCAACAGUGAGGCAAUAAAUUAUUAUUAUUAAAUGUAAACCUUUGUUGCAUGGUUGCCUGGUCGCAACUUCACAUCUCAGAGUAAAAACAGACUAAGUCAAUUGAAUCUGUAAAUUAGUGUCACUGUUUACUAUCUGACUACCAGUACCCACAGAGAAAUAGGAGACAGACAGAGGGUAUGUAGUCAACUGAGGGAUGCUUUCAUCUUGUACAACACUGUAAAGAGUUAACUUAGUAUGGCCUAGUGUUCGUCCAUUUGAUGGCCUGUCCUGUAAUAUAAACAGCCGCAAUAAAAUGUGAUCAUUUGUAAUCUUCA